CGUCAACACACGUGAGAGAGGACGUCUCCAUUAUACUCAUUUUCUCAUUCAAGAAGAAAAACUUUCAUUGUCAUUUUGAAAACCAAAUACAUCUGUCAUUUUAACGAUGCAAAACUCCAUUCGAGGCGUGCUCAUUGAUGUCUCUGGUACAGUUCAUGUUGGAGACAAAGCAAUUCCUGGUGCUGCGAAUGCUCUGGAUCGACUUCGUGAUAGUGGCAUCCCGUUCCGUUUCUGUACAAAUACAACACAAUCAUCUGGAGAUACUUUAGCUGAGAAGCUCAAAAAACUAGGACUCAAUGUGAAUCGCGAGGAGAUCUUUACGUCCUUAUCUGCGUGCCGACAAAUGGUGAAGUCGCGUGGGUUGAGGCCACUCUUACUCUUGGAACCAGACGCACGCCAAGAGUUUGAAGGCAUCGAACAUUCUGAACCUCAUGACUCUGUUGUCGUUGGAUUGUCUCCUUCAAGCUUUCAGUAUGACGUGCUAAACAAAGCAUUCAGGCUCCUUAUUGAAUCUAAAUCAACACCUCAGCCAGCAACAUUGGUAGCUGUGCAUAAGGCCAAAUAUUUUGCAGAUGGCGCUGACCAAGGCAGGUUGUCAAUGGGUCCAGGCGGAUUCGUAGAAGCAUUGGAAUACGCCUCAGGCAUUAAGGCCCAUGUCGUAGGCAAACCCCAAAAGGCAUUUUUUGAGUUAGCAAUUCAAAAUAUGGGGCUCGCGCUUCAGGUAUCAACUUCUGAAUCCUCCUCCCACUCCGGCUCUUCAGGGAUCGUAAUGAUUGGAGAUGAUGUGGAGCAGGAUCUAGGUGGAGGCGCCGCUGAACUAGGACUUAUUCGAUACCUCGUUCAGACAGGUAAAUACCGUGCCAAAGAUGAAGACCGUGAUGUAUUCGGCGGUCUAGAUGGGACUUUCAAGGAUUUCUCAGCAGCGGUGGAUCACAUUCUUUCUAGUUAUCACAAGUAAAUAUGCUAUGUAGUUCAAACCAAACCUUUCGGCUUCCUUUAUUGCAAU